UCAGGGCCUAGGAUAAGGAAUUGAAGGACAAGAAGGUCGCUUAGAAAUUUAGGGCUUUUUUUAAAGCUUUUGCCCUACUUUUAUUAUCGUCUUCCUUUACGACCCUCCAAUUUGCUCCGCAGGCACACAAGCAGCAGGAGGCCUACCUUCACUUGCAAAGUAAGGAGAUUCUAACAUUAUCAACAAAUCCCAAAAAUGUCAGGUGAAGAGACUCCCGCUCCUGCUGAGACUCCAGCUCAGCCUCUUGAGGCCAUGGACUUGAUGACAGCAUUACAGCUUGUUCUGAAAAAGUCUCUAGCUCAUGGUGGACUUGCCCGGGGCCUCCAUGAAGGUGCUAAAGUGAUUGAGAAGCAUGCCGCCCAGCUCUGUGUAUUGGCAGAGGACUGCAACCAGCCAGACUAUGUCAAACUCGUUAAAGCACUCUGUGCUGAUCAUGGUGUAGGCUUAUUGAUGGUUCCCAGUGCUAAGACCCUUGGCGAGUGGGCUGGAUUAUGCAAGAUUGAUUCUGAGGGCAAGGCCAGGAAGGUUGUUGGUUGCUCCUGCGUUGUUGUGAAGGAUUAUGGUGAGACAAGUGAAGGCUAUAAUGUUGUUCAGGAACAUGUCAAGUCUCACUGAGUCAAAACGGUUCUCUAAUUUAACAGGGUCUGAUUUGAAUUUCAUUUGUAGAGACCUUCACUCCAUGUUUCCAUGAACCCACAAUUCUAUGGGGGUGUUUUUUAGUGUUUUCUGGUCAUCGAUCUCAUGGUCAGGGAGUUUUGAGUCUUCUAGUUGCCUAUGACUUUAAUCAAAUUGCUUCCUAUUGUUGUGGUGAAACACCUUUUUAUUGAUGUAUGAAAUUCAGAAUUAGCACAUUUUUAAGACAUCAAUUAAUAAAUGACAUGCAGAAGUAGCUCAUCAGGCGUAAA